UGCGCUGAAUUAUGUGUUUUCGAUGAUUUGGCUACAAAAACCAAUUGCACUGGUCCUUGGAUGACCGGUAUAUCGCAGCAACCAUGCGAUAACAACAAGCCAAUGCGUGCCUUAAUAAAGGAUUACGAAAUCUACUAUGAAAGUGACGAAGAUAUUGAAUGCGAUUGCAAACGUCCUUGUAAUGAGCGUAUUUAUUCGACAUUAAUACAAAGCAGAACACAACUUAAUUCGGGUCAGCAAUAUACCCAAGUAUGGAUUUAUUAUUCCACAAAAUUAGUUUCGAUGGUGGAAGAACGUCCGAGCUAUGACACUACACAAUUUAUAGCUGACAUUGGUGGCUCAUUGGGUUUUUUACUAGGUCUCUCUGUCCUAGGAUUAAUCGGCAUAUUGGAACAUCUUACCUUAUUUUUCUGCGGAGGAUUAGUAAAAACGCAAUUAAAACACGAGAAUCAGUUACAAGACGAAGCAGAUCGUCAAUCCCAAAAAAGUGUGCAACUGAAAUAA